GCGGCGACGGCCGUAAAGCGCGACCGGUCGUGCUCCCUCGCCUGGUUUGCCGACUCAUGGCGGCGGCGGCAGUCGUCGCGACGAUGGCCGGGGCCGGAGGGCCGGUGCUGAACGGGGCGGACGCGGGCGCCGCGGGGCUGAAGGAAGCGGCCGGCAUGUACGAGCAGCUGCGGGCCGAGUGGAACCGCAAGAACCUCAACCUGGGCAAGUGCGGAGACCUGCUGGGGCGCCUCAAGUUAGCCCUGCUGGAGCUCAACUUUCUGCCCACCUCAGGCACAAAACUGACGAAACAGCAGCUCAUCCUGGCAAGGGAUAUUCUAGAAAUCGGGGCCCAGUGGAGUAUCCUGAAGAAAGACAUCCCCUCCUUCGAGAGGUACAUGGCACAGCUCAAGUGCUACUACUUCGAUUACAAGGAUGAGCUGCCGGAGUUGGCCUACAUGCACCAGCUCCUGGGCCUGAACCUCCUCUUCCUGCUGUCCCAGAACCGGGUUGCCGAGUUCCACACGGAACUGGAGAGGCUGCCGGCCAAGGACAUCCAGACCAAUGUCUACAUCAAACACCCGGUCUCUCUGGAGCAGUAUCUAAUGGAAGGCAGUUACAACAAAGUCUUCCUGGCCAAAGGCAACAUCCCCGCCGAGAGCUACGCCUUCUUCAUCGACAUCUUGCUGGACACGGUGAGGGACGAGAUUGCCAGCUGCAUUGAGAAGGCCUACGAGAAGAUCCUCUUCAACGAAGCCACUCGGAUGCUCUUCUUCAACCCCAAGAAGAUGACGGACUACGCCAAGAAGCGUGGCUGGAUCCUGGGCUCCCACAACCACUACUGCUUCAUGGGCCAACAGCAGAAACCCGAAGACGCCACCAUCCCCUCGACGGAGCUCGCCAAACAAGUGAUCGAAUACGCUCGGCAGCUGGAGAUGAUCGUCUAGCCGGGGUCGCCACGGGCCGGGACUGUGGGUGGUUCGCCCUUCUCCUUAUUUUAGCCUCUCUCUCUUUUUUUUACUCCAGUUUCCAUUUAACGGGCAAUAUAUUGCAGAGGUUCAAUUCUCCCCACCCUUCCCUGGGACACUGGAGUAAAAGCGGAGAGCCGGGCACACAGCUGCGUCGUUCCUUACUCCUGUAUGAGGAGGCGUUCCAGAUGGAGCAGGGGACAGGCCGCUCUCGGGCUUCUCUGACCUCUGAGGAAAUUCACUUUUUAAAAAAGAAUUGUCACGUACCAGGCUGUCAUUCGGGAAUCGCCCCAGACAGUUCUAGUCAAGCCAGGAAGUGCGAUUUCGCCACUUCCAGGUCAACGCAAGGUUGAACUUGUCCCCUUGAGCGGUGGUCAACGCCAUGUUCAACUUGUCUCCUCGAUUGGUGAUCUCUUUUUUUUUAAUUAGUAAUAAUAUUAUUGUUAGGUAAAUCACCGUCCUUGGGUGCGAUCCUCCAUUAUGGGGGAUAGUUACAGGUUAAAUAAAUC